CUCAAAUUCUAUAAAUUCAAUGUGAGUUGAGAUCUGCAUCAGAUUCUGUUUCACCGAAUAAACUUAAAAUCACAAAUUCUGCUUAAAAUUAUAUUUAAAACUCGCCAUUACUCUUUUCAACUAAAAUUUGCGAGCAGAAUUUACCUAUAAAAUGCCUCCAAAGAAAGGUUCUAAAUCUACAAAAGAAAAAAGUGAUGAUUCAGGAUCAAAAGAGAAAAAAGGAGGAACGACCGUCAAGGUUAGGCAUAUUUUGUGUGAAAAACAAAGCAAAUGCCUUGAAGCCCUAGAAAAAUUAAAAGCUGGGCAAAAAUUUCCUGAGGUUGCUGCUACUUACAGUGAAGAUAAAGCUAGAUCAGGUGGAGACUUAGGAUGGAUGAUUAGGGGAUCAAUGGUUGGACCUUUUCAGGAUGCCGCUUUCUCAUUGCCUAUUUCUAGUGUAAAUAAUCCGGUAUACACUGAUCCUCCUAUAAAAACAAAGUUUGGUUAUCACAUUAUCAUGGUUGAAGGAAAAAAAUAAUAGAUAAUUAUUGUUUGGUAAUUAAUAUUACAAGUUGUAUUUUAUUGUAAACACUUUCAAAAUGUAUUUUAUAUGUAUUGGUCUUGGACUAAUAAAACUAUAUAGAGUUAUU